UUUUCAGAUAGAAAGUUUUUGAACGCGCUCCUAAAAAUGAUGUCUACUGAGAAGAUGAAUAUUCGCCAGCCAGCAGAGGCUCUGGCCUGCCGAAAUGCUCCAGCAGCCGUUGAGAAGACAGUUCCAUCGACGGAAAAACCAGCUGCCCUGAUUCAGCUUGAGAAAGAGCAAAAGCACCAGAAAGAAAUGGAAUCCGUUGGACGCCGCCCGGAGGAACUUCUUGCUGCACACAGUGCCCCAGCUGCCAUCGACAAGCCGUAUCCAUCGACUGAAAAGAAAGCUUUGUAAAUUCCGAAGGAAAAUAUAAUAAUCAUUGAAAGUAAUAUGAUUUAUUAAUUUUUCUAAAAAUAGUCACUUUAUGACCUAAUUAUUUUAUUUUCACUGUUUAUUUUUGUAUUCUUAAAGCUCAUCACCACCUCAUAUUUUACGAAAUCCCAGUUUAAAAUCUCAGUUGUAUCCACAUUGGAUCAAUAUUUUCUGAAUGAAAUCAUCAUUAAU